GUGUAUUCUGGGUUGCCUAUUAUCGUGUGCAGAAAUUAGGCAGCCACGCAGCCUGAAAUUAUUGAAACUAAUGACAGAUGACAGACUGUUUGGGAGGGGCAUAGUAGAAAGAAGGUUAGUAGGGUGUGCAAUUUAAAAAUUUGAAAACAAACCAUAAACACCGAAUUUACAUUCAGUUAUAGGUCUUUUCUUUGGCUUAAAUGGUUUGUUGUUAUUAACAUACGUGUGUGGCUUAUUGCUUAUUGGUAAUCCCCUAUCCCUUUAGUUAGUUGCUCCGAUUCUCAUCUCAGAUCAAGGGGUUUCCAUUAUGGACAGGUUUUUGAAGAAGAAAAAAGAACCUACAACUGAAGUAGCAAGUACAUCAGCCGUUAGUUCUUCCGAGAAUACAGAUAGUAUGACUUCGUCUGAAGAAAUUCCUAGCACGCCUCAGGUGGAGAAAAAGAGGAAAAAACACUACAAACAAAAAUUUAGAUCAGAGUGGAUACGAAUCUAUCCUUGGUUAGAAGAAAAAAAACAACAAUCAUUCUGUAAAGCUUGCUCAAGAUUUAUUGCUGGAGGUUUUAAACAUUUAGGACGACAUGCAUCAUCCCAGACUCAUGAAAAAAAAACAUCAUAAAAGCAAAAAAGACACCAACCAUUGAAAAUUACUGUGAAAAUAAUGAUGUUUUAAAGAGUGUAUGUAGAGCAGAAUUGAAACUAACUAUGUUUAUCCAUGAGCACAAUCUGCCA